CAUGCUGCUACAUAUGUUGGGUCAAGCACUCCCUUUGUGACUGCCUAAAAUGGUGUAAAAACCCAGUCAUCUGUAGCCUUUCUUAAAGAAAUGAAAGCCUCUCAUGGGUUUUUGAAGCAUAGGCCUAAUGAACUGUUCAAAGAAUGUUGAAUUUCUUAAGUGCCCACAGUCACGUUUUAAUUGCGCUGGGGCAUUUAAUUGGAAACCAUGAGAGAACACUGAUAAUGUUUCAUGGUAGGCCUAUCCAGGCAUGAAUUAUAUUUUUAUAAACUACCAUAUUAACUCACUUUAUUAAAGCUGUUAUUUUUCCAACUUAUUUAUAUUUCCGACCAAAAGAAUUGUCCAUGUUUGUCGGCUAGUCGCCUAAAUGCCUAAUUCUUGUUAGAUUAAUGCCUCCAAAUAGGUAAUUUGUUGUGCCUGCGUUUUUUAGGAUGUUGAGCUUUAUCCUCAAUCUAUUAAUCAACAAACUUUGUUCAACAUUGACCAUAGGUGACAUCAACUCCAUCUCAAUGUUUAUAUAUUGGGCUACGCCACCCCGUGAUUUAUUGUAAUGAAGUUUUCAUGCGUGUGAGAUUGCUGCCGAGAUAAUUAGUUUGAAUGUCAAAAAUAUAUAGUUUAAUGUCGUCUCUAUUAGGUAAUUAAAGGUGCAGAUGACAGCGGCGGGGGAAACAGAUGGCAUUUGCUUACUGUGGUUCAUAGGUAAACAAUGAGAAGAGCGGCAGGUCCGCGUGCUGGAAACGCAGCGCGCGGACGGAGUGCAACAUGCACCCCUAGUCGAGGCGACCAGAAAAGCCCUAUCCUAAAUGUGGAAAGGUGCUCAGGGUUACAGAAGUACAGGUUAUGAUGUUUUAGUUUGUUGUUGUGUUUCGCAGCCCUGUUCUGUAAAUAUAAACCCACAUUCGUUAUAAUACAUUGAAUGCAGUGUCCCACGUGGGCAGGUGAAAUGUUUAGCCGGUCUGUAUUUGUAUAUUAUGAGGGUUAUUGCUAAAUGUUCCCAGAGAGGGGGGGAUGCAAUGUUUGGUUUUCUGCAGUCAAUGAAUAUUACUGUGAAAUUACAGAAGUUGGUGCCAAUAAAACAUAACACUCAACAUUGCAUGAUCCACAAGCCAUAGUUCAGAAGAAAACAUGAUUGCCUUUGCAUAGUCCUACAUUUCACGUUCUUGGUAGUGCUAUUUACCUUAGUUUAUCAGUCUUGUGCCAUUGAACAUAGUUAUUGGAGUCCACUAAAUAAAGUUAUUGAAUUGAUGCACUCGAAUGAACAUUUCAUAUAAGUCCUUUAAAUAUGUACAUUAUUUAAUCGAUCCCUAUCGUUAGAUAUAGCCUAUUCCUCCUUAUUUCAAUAAAUAGUUUGUACAAAGUUAAAAUGGCCUGGUUGGUGAGAAUUGCGAAGUUUUGUCCAAUGUAUCAACCAUACCUACAUCAUUUAAAAAUGUGAUUGUAGGCAUUGGUCAACGAGAGCAUGGAUCCACAGGCACGAUCAGGAUCCCAAGUUCAGCCUGGAGUGACAUCGGACGGCUGCAACAUCAUCACCGGGUAUCCAUGCAUGGUCAGCAACCUCCAACAAUAGAUAUUGGUCAGCGACAGGACAUGGAUCUGAGACCAGAGCUCUCCACAGCGCCGUCAGGAUCUCAGGUCCACCCUGGAGCCGGAGGGUCUGUCAACAUCCCCGUCUCCAUGGCCAGUAGCCUCCUGCGGGGUCCGAUGCUAUAUCGCACAACGGAGAAGUAUCCUCGCACCCCGAAGUGCGCCCGCUGCAGGAAUCAUGGCGUGGUAUCUGCGCUGAAGGGCCAUAAACGUUAUUGCCGCUGGAAGGACUGUAUGUGCGCCAAAUGCACCCUAAUCGCCGAGAGACAGCGCGUCAUGGCGGCACAAGUGGCUCUCCGUCGACAACAAGCUCAGGAGGAGAACGAAGCCCGGGAGCUGCAGCUCCUGUAUGGGACAGCAGAAGGGCUAGCUCUGGCGGCCGCCAACGGCAUCAUACCACCUCGUCAGAAUUAUGAGGUCUUUGGUUCUGUCAACAACGAAAGUAACUCAGAUUUAAGAAUGCAGAAGUAUGAAUUGUUUCCGAAGUCUCAAAUGUCGGCAUCAGUGACCCAGCAGCAGAUGUUGGGAAAAUCGGUUUCCACUGACAGCGAACCAGGAAUCUCCUCCCCAGACGCGCGUCAUGGCUCUGGCUCUGGCUCUGAGAAUGGAGACGGAGAGUCGUUCAUCAGCUCUCCUGUCUCCAAGGCUCUGAAAGACGGAGAGGACACCCCGGGUUCGAUUAGCCCCCUAGGUUCUGACUCGGGUUCGGAGACCGACAAAGAUGAUCAAGAACCCUCCCCAUCAUCGGCCGCAUCCAGGCAAAUGAACCCAAUCGACAUCUUGACCAGAGUGUUCCCCAGCCACAAGCGCAGUGUUCUGGAAUUGGUUCUACAAGGCUGCGGGAAAGACGUGGUGCAGGCCAUCGAGCAAAUUCUCAACAACAGUGGACAAGCCAAGGCCCCCGAGCAGGUGUGGACAGCAGAACGCAUACUCCAGAGCGCACAGCCUCCCCUCUCAUCCACUCCAAGGCCCAUGUUACCGGGAGCCAUGACGCUGAGCAACCGCUCCGCCUUCUCUCCACUGCAGCCAAACGCGCCACACUUUGGCGCUGAUCCCAGCACCUACCCCCUGAGCACUCAUCUAGGACUAAACCCCUUACGUCUGGCCUACUCGGCCCACAGCAGAGGGCUCACCUUCAUGACACCCUACUCCACCACGGGGUUGAUGCCAACUCUGGGCUUCAGGCCGCCCAUGGACUACGCAUUCAGUGACCUCAUACGGGACAGGACACUCUUGCACAAGGACCAGGGGUACACCAAUGGGCUGUACAGGCCCCUCGGCAACAACAACACAGACAAACCGUGAGACUGAGAAUGUACAAUGUGUCAUGAACUCAGUCGUGUUGGGACUAUGAUUUAAGUGGACACAUUCAGAGAGGGACACUGUAUUUGUAGCCACAAGUGUUGAAUGUUAUGGAGAGAUCAGUAACGUGUUUGGCUAUUGCACUGCUGUACAUAAUGCUUUGCUUUUAGUCGGUUUGCUUGCCCAAAAUGGCAUCGGAAACCAAGGUCACUUAUAUAUAACUUUGUUUUCUUAGAGAUAGACUAUUAUUCCUUAUACAUAUGUAUUGCUAUAAAUCCCCCGCCAAGUGUGUAACCUGAAAAUAUCUAGUCAAAGUAUUUUGUCUGAAAAUAUUACUUAAAGGGGUUGCAAUUCCCGAAAAACGGACAGGCAAACUAUUCAUCACACCAUAAUGUAUGCAGUCGCAUUAUAAUCGAGUGCAUAUAUGGAGAAGAUACAAAUUCUAACUUCGAUAUGAUUCCUGUAAAUUGUGGGGUUUCGAUAUUGAAAAAGUGUUCGCAACCCAAAUUCACUUUCAAAUAAAAGUGGGUUGUUUGAUGAUCCUGGUGCAAUUGUUGCUUUUACCUUUUCAUUCCGAGUAAUUCUUUUCUGGAAGAAAACAUCCAACCUUACUAACGAAUUAUUACUCACUAUUUUUUAGUAGCAUACAUCCAUGCUUAAAACACGUUUAAGUGGGGUGUCUUCAAUUAUUACCAUAACGUGUAAAUUACUGACGUUGAACAUUUAAAAACGGAAGCUUAAUUGUAAAACUAUUGAUGUAUUGGCAUUCCUUUUCUGACUUAGUUUAAUUGUUUCUCCAACAGUACAGUGUAUAUUGAAUUUGAUUAUAUAAGAUUAUUAUAUUACAGUUGACUUUACCUGUGUACUUGACCCAUCAUUUAUCAGCUACAACCGUUCUUCUCUAUUUUGUGAAAUUGCAUUUUUUUGUCCUGCAAAGUCUAUUGCUUUUCUGUCACAAGCUGUACCGUCUCAUGUGGAAUUGCUGGAAAUAAAUGUUAUU